GACUCACCUGCAUUUUCUAUUGUUUGACGUUUUGGAAGUGAAAUGUAAAUGUCACCCGAAUUACAGUGUGGUUUGUUCCUGCUUCCAUCAGUUCUCUUUAGUGUUUGCCAAUGUUGGAGGUGUAACUGGGGUCUGGCCCUGGACAAAGGUAUAGAGCAUGGCUCAAGUGAUAUUGCAGACCUCAGCGCCCCUGGCUGGUCCUGGCCUCUCCCCCGUCGUGUCCCCUGUAGCCAUGGCCAGCCCAGGACCCCUGGGUCUGCAGCCCUCUGUGAACGGCACAGGCCCCGCUCCCACGCCCGGCUGCCCUGCUCCUUCAGCUGGGUAUGGGGACGUCCCUGUGUCUGCCAGCCCACCAGGCCCACCCCAGGAGAACAUGGCAAACCCUAAAGAGAAAACUCCCAUGUGUCUGGUGAAUGAGUUAGCCCGUUUCAACCGGAUCCAACCACAGUACAAGCUGCUCAAUGAGAGGGGGCCCGCACAUGCCAAAAUCUUCACUGUGCAGCUGUCUCUUGGGGAGCAGGUCUGGGAGGCAGAGGGCACCAGCAUAAAAAAAGCCCAGCACUCCACAGCUUCUAGGGCUCUGGAUGAGAGCAUCCUUCCCAGGCCAGCGCCCCGCUCCCCGAAAGUGGACAUCAACAGCAACCCAGGCAGCAUCACCCCCACGGUGGAGCUGAAUGGUCUGGCCAUGAAGAGGGGGGAGCCAGCCAUCUACAGGCCCCUGGACCCCAAGCCCAUGCCCAACUACAGAGCCAACUAUAACUUCAGAGGGAUAUUCAACCAAAGGUACCAUUACCCGGUCCCUAAGAUCUUCUACGUGCAGCUGUCCGUGGGGAGUAACGAGUUCAUCGGUGAGGGCCGGACACGCCAGGCUGCCAGACACAACGCUGCCAUGAAGGCUCUGCAGGCCCUCCGCAACGAGCCCAUCCCCGAACGACCGCCACAGAGCCUGGAGGAGAAGGAGGAAGAGGAAGAGGAGGAGGGGAGCGAUGCCAGCAAAUCAGAGAUCAGCCUGGUCUACGAGAUCGCCCUCAAGAGGAACCUGUCAGUGAACUUUGAGGUCCUGAAAGAGAGUGGGCCCCCUCACAUGAAGAGCUUCCUGACGCGGGUAACUGUGGGAGAGUUCUCGGCGGAGGGGGAGGGCAACAGCAAGAAACUCUCCAAAAAGCGCGCCGCUCUCUCCAUCCUCCAGGACCUGAAGAAGCUGCCCUUCAUCCCGGUGGUGGAGAAGCCCAAGCUGCACUACAAGAAACGGCCUAAGACUAUCCUGAAGACUGGACCAGACUACGGGCAGGGCAUGAACCCUGUCAGCAGGCUGGCUCAGAUCCAGCAAGCCAGGAAGGAGAAGGAGCCAGACUACAUGCUGCUGUCAGAGAGAGGCAUGCCCCGCCGCCGAGAGUUCAUCAUGCAGGUGAAGGUGAGCGGCGAGGUUGCCACGGGAACGGGGCCCAACAAGAAGGUGGCGAAACGGAAUGCGGCGGAGGCCAUGCUGCUGUUGCUGGGCUACAAGGCCUCCACCUGCCCUCAGAGCCCCACAGAGAUGGACAACAAAGGCUGGAAUGGACAAAAGGCGGUUUUCACCGAAGCAACAAGUAACACCCAGAAGGGCCUCCUCCACCUCUCCCCAGACGUCUACCAGGAGAUGGAGGCCAGCCGGAAGCAAGGAGGGGGUCCGGGCCCCGGGGCCCCCAUCAACUACCUGACCCCCAAAGACAUGGGCCCCUGCUCCGCCCCUCUGGCCCCCGGCCACACCCCUUUCUACAGCAGCACAGCCGGCCCCAUGGCGAAGGUCGCCACGGCGGCCAUCGCCAGGGAGCUGCUGCUCAACGGCUCGUCCCCCACGGCUGAAGCUCUGGGCCUGAAGGGGAAGAGCCCCACCAUGCCUUGUGUCUCCGUCCAGCCUGCCCAGCAGCUGGAGUACCUGGCCCGCAUCCAGGGCUUCCAGGUGCAGUACAAUGAUGGGCAGAAUGGCAAGGAGUUCAUGACCUACCUGACCCUCUCGCCUGUGCAGAUGACGUUCCAUGGCAUUGGGAGCUCCCUCCAAGCCAGCCACGACCAGGUAGCUACGCUAGGUGUUCAGAUCCGCCACAAAGGAGGAGCCAGGGACAAGGAGCCGGGGGACACCCCACGCAGCGCUGCCUGCCCGGGGACACCCCACGCAGCGCUGCCUGCCCGGGGACACCCCACGCAGCGCUGCCUGCCCGGGGACACCCCACGCAGCGCUGCCUGCCCGGGGGGACACCCCACGCAGCGCUGCCUGCCCGGGGACACCCCACGCAGCGCUGCCUGCCCGGGGACACCCCACGCAGCGCUGCCUGCCCGGGGACACCCCACGCAGCGCUGCCUGCCCGGGGACACCCCACGCAGCGCUGCGUGCCCGGGGAGCGCGGUGAUGAGGGUGGAGAGGGAGCACGAUCUGAAGCACUUUCUGUUCAUCUUUUGA